GAUUAUGUCCUGGAUGAGAUGGGUCCGCUACAAUCCUGGCUGCCUGCCUCCAGCUCCUGGAGAGACGGGAGCAGAGGUGAAAGUAAGCCGGAACGGUCCGGAGCGGCGUUCCGUUAAAAGAUUUCGAGACGGAACGCCGUUCUAGUUGGGAGGAGAUCCGCUGUGUUCCUGUUUUCACUUCAUAACACAUGACAGAAGCAUUUUUUUAUUUGGCGUAUCGACCGAUAAAAUGCUCUGGAUCCCUUUCCCGGUCUGCCUCGUAGCUUUCGCUCUCGCUUCCGUAAACAAGCCUAAUGCGCAUGCGUGGAAACGUGGUACGUUUGAUUUUUUGUUGGGGGACAUUCAAUUCGAUCAGCCAACUGAGCAUUAAUGUUUAUGCCACACGGAGGAGCAACGGGACGCGAAAAACAAUAAAUGAAUCAAACUUCACGUCACUGUGAUUGGUCAGUUUAAAUUCAACAUAAAUUUAGUUCACGAUAGACAAAGGAAAUCUUGAUAUGGAAAAAUAACGCAGCACGUUAUUUAAAAGAAAAAGCAAAAAAAGAAGAGCAUGCAGAGAAAAAUAAAUCAGAUAUUUAAGAGGAAAUUCCAAAGUGAGGAUGAAGAUGUGCAGACGAACACUUCUGAAGGAGAGGAUGAAAAAGUGAAAAGUCGAAAUGCAAAUUGCAUUGAAGAACCCACUGAGACACCAGGGCCAUCAAGCUCAGGUGACCCUUUUGUAUUGCCAGAGUAUCCUUCAAUCUGGACAAAAGAACAGUAUGAACAGUGUAAAGAGAAAAAUGAAUGGAUAUUUGCCAAAAACGGAAUGCUUGGCUGCCAAAAAUGCCACACUGUAAAAGAUCUCGGUGUUGCGUCAUCUCGGGGGGUAAAUAUUGCACCUAACUGGGUAGCAGGAAAGAUAUGCCCAUCUGGACACACAAGAGAUGUUCAGCUGUCGUCAUUGAGAAAAAAAAUACAUGAGCACAAAAACUCAGCAGCUCACAAAGAAGUUGUGAAAAUUUUAGAGACAGCGAAAAAAGACACUCUUGUAAACAUGAAUACCAAGAGUCAAGAUUUUGCCUUUGAGACAACUGCCAGGGUCUUCAGGACAGCCUAUUACGUGGCCAAGUACAAUAAACCAUUCACUGACUUUGAAAGUUUGAUUGAUCUACAGGAGACCAACUCAAUCAACAUGGGGAGAGUUUUACACAGCAAAACUGUGUGUGUUGAUAUUGUGGAUCACGUGGCUUCACAAAUGAAGAAAGAAAUUAUGACAAAAAUUAUACAAAAUAGGAGCAAGAUAACAGUAUUGGCUGAUGAAUCAACUAAUGUUGGUAACAAAUCAACGCUCAUUGUUUUUUUGAAAGCAAGUGUAGAUGGAGCUAUGGAACCUAUUGCUUUUCCCUUGGACCUUGUGGACCUGGACAGCCUAUGUGCUGCCCACAUCAAAGAAAAACUCAUAAACUGCCUGUUAAAAAAUGGUUUUACCAUGCAGUUGCUGCAAGAACUACUGAUAGGAUUUUGCAGUGAUGGGGCCAGCGUGACGUUAGGGGUGAAGUCAGGAGUUGGAAAGUUGCUGAAAGACGACUUUCCAUCUAUUGUUCUCUGGCACUGUUUGAAUCACAGACUGGAGCUUGCUGUAGACCAGGCACUUGAUAAAACAGGGGGGACAAAAGAUUUCCAGGCCUUCCUUGACUCCCUUUAUUCACUUUACAGCCAAUCACCCAAGAACACGAGAGAGCUCAGUGAGUGUGCGCACAAUCUGCACAUCACCCUUAAAAGGAUUGGUAGAGUAUUCAGCGUUCGCUGGGUGGCUUCAUCCUGGAGGGCAGUCAAUGCAGUGUGGCAGUCAUAUUCAGCCUUGGCACAACAUUUCCAGAAAGCAUCAGAGGACAACAGCAGAGACAGCAGAGAGAGAGCCAAAACAGAAAAACUACUAUUCCAAAGGCCCAUGAGCUCAUGACCAACUACCUGAAGUGCAUUGAGAGCCUGAAAACAUACCCAGGAAAACACACUGUUGAAGCAGAGCAGGCCGAGCAGAAGAUGGAAUUUAAUGGACAUCAGUUAAAGGUGGGCAGGUCUCCCACCAUUGACUCUGCUCUCUUCAUAACUGCAGUGGUGGAGAGCAUGAAGGAAAGACUGUUUACAACAACAGCCAACAAAGCACAAAGUAGCGUGACAGCUGACCGCAAGGAGGCUUACAACAGCCUUAUCAAUCAGAUGGCAGUCCUUCACCCAGAAAACUGGGAUCAAGACAAUCCUCGAUUUGGAGAAGAGGAAGUCAGAACUUUGUGUGAACGUCUCAACAUCAAUGAGCAAGAGGCCCAUCUUGGGUACGUUGAGUUCAAGGCUAGUGGAGGGAGAAGCAUUCCUCCUCCAUUAAAAAAAUUACUUCUGGCAGUAGACACACUCUCAGCCAGUAAUGCAGAUUGUGAAAGAGGGUUUAGUACCAUGAAUAACAUAAUGACUGACCUCAGAGGCACCAUGACGACAAAAAAUGUCUCAAACCUCCUGUUCAUCAGCUCAUUUGGACCUCCCUUUAUGAAGUGGGAUCCAAUGCCAUACGUCAAAACCUGGCUAGGAAAAGGCAGGAGACCAGCGCACACAACAAGUGGCAUGGCCCGCAGAUCCCCUAAAACUGAUGAGGAAUAUUACCAGCCUCUUUGGGACAUUAUGACUUAGUUCAGCUAAUUAAGGAUGACUCAAGUUCUGAUCAAUUCGGAUGUUCACAUUUUUCAUGUUCUGAAAAAUUCACAAUGUUCAAUUAAAGAUUGUUUUCACAAAAACACCUUGUCUACACACGUUAUUUAUGUAUAAAAUUUGAUAUCAAGUGCAUUUAUUUCCUUUAACUGCUUUAAAAAAUAUAUAUUUGGAAAUAAUUUGUCAUAGUACCGGCAAAAGAAAAAUUCUACUUUCACCCCUGGACGGGAGGUGGCAGCCGAUCAC